AAUCUAUGUAGGGCUAUUUCGUAAUUCCAAUAGCACAAAUCAAUGAAGGGCUAUUUCGUAAUCAGAUCGAAAGAGAUAAGUACGCGAUGAAGAAAGAAGGACGCAUCAAAUUGACAAGUUGGGCAAAAAGAUCGAUGCAAGUUAGGUAGAUUGUUCGAGAUCACCAAAAGGUUCCUCGCUUUCGCUGCAACGUUCUCCCUCAGUUUCGAAAUGCACAUAUUUAAGAUUUAAAUAAAGACAUGAGCUUAUGCAUCUAAGAUUCCCACUUGUCACAAGCAGCCAACAUCAUAAUGAACAAAUUAGGUUUCAUGGAGCCUAAUUUUUUCAAAGUUACACACUCUUACCCUUCUUCUAUAAUCUCCUGCAUACACAAUGCACCACCACAUGGAGCAGCAGAAGUUUCACGAAUCACAAGUCUGGUCAAUGAGUCAACAACAUCUACUAGAGUCCUCAAAGAUGUUCACUUAUCGACACAGUUGCUAGAUGGCUUUCUUGAUCUUGCGGAAGAUAACACAAGCAAGGAUCUGGAGACAUGUGGCGUUCUUGGGGCGUUUCUUAAAGAAGGGACCUAUUAUGUAACAACUCUUAUAAUACCAAAACAAGAUUCUACUUCUAGCACAUGUCAGGCUUUUAAUGAAGAGGAAAUAUUUGCCAUUCAAAAUGAACAAUCCCUUUUCCCUGUUGGAUGGAUCCAUACACAUCCUUCCCAAAGCUGUUUUAUGUCAUCAGUUGAUCUACAUACACAAUAUUCUUAUCAGGUGAUGGUACCAGAGGCAGUUGCUAUUGUCAUGGCUCCCACAGAUACAUCAAGGAGUUACGGGUAUUUUCGAUUAUCCGAUCCUGAUGGGAUGAAAAUUGUGAGGGAGUGCCAAGAGACUGGAUUUCACACCCAUUCAGAACCUCUCAAUGGAGCUUCCAUUUAUGAAGACUGCUCCAAUAUAUAUCUUAACCCUAAUCUCAGACUAGAAAUAUUUGAUUUACGUCAUUAAUAAAUAAUUAAAAAAAAAAAAGAAGCUCUUUUGGUGUGAAACUGUUAAUUAACAUAAAGCUUUCCAAGUGCCGUAAAUUACAAAAAGCUCUUGUAAAUAUAUUUAUUUAUGUUG